AUGUCUCUCGUGCCAGACGCCAUCUGGGCUGCAUCGCCCGCAACCACCCGUGGCCAGCCAACGCCUCUCUCGUCUGAUCCCAAGGGAGAACGGAUAGCAUAUGCUUCCGGCAAAUCAAUCUUCCUCCGCUCCAUCGACGACCCCGCCGUCAGUAAACAAUACACCCAACACACGGCCCAGACUACGGUCGCUCGUUUUUCGCCCUCAGGCUUCUAUGUGGCAAGCGGAGAUGUGUCUGGAGCUGUGAAGAUCUGGGAUUGCGCAGGCGAGGGCGCUACCAAAGGCGACUACCACAUCAUCGCCGGCCGAAUCAAUGAUAUCGCAUGGGACGGCGACUCGCAGCGUGUCAUUGCAGUCGGUGACGGCAAGGAGCGAUUCGGACACUGCAUCACAGCAGACAGCGGCAACAGCGUGGGAGAGAUCUCGGGGCACUCGCAGCAGAUCAACAGCGUCUCGAUCCGUCAGCAAAGACCACUACGAGCUGUGACUGGGUCUGACGACAGCAGCCUUGUCUUCUACCACGGCGCACCUUUCAAGUUCAACACCAGCUUGAGAGAGCAACACAACCGCUUCGUAUUCGGUACUGCUUUUUCUCCAGACGGCUCGAUGUUCGCAAGUGUUGGUGCUGAUAAGCGCAUCUGGCUAUACGAUGGCAAAACCGGUGAGGCUAAAGGUCAGAUUGGGGAGGGCGUCCACACCGGUUCCAUUUUCGGCAUCUCCUGGGCGAAGGACUCGAAGCAAUUUGUCACAGCUAGCGCAGACCAGACUGUCAGGAUAUGGGAUCCCGAGGCGGGCAAAAGUAUCCAGACCUGGAGAAUGGGCGAGGAAGGUGUUGUCAGCAUUCCUGACCAGCAAGUCGGUGUUGUAUGGCCCACAGGCCGCAGUGACGGCUUGAUCGUCAGUGUGGAUCUGGAAGGAAACCUCAACUACCUGGUUGAUGGAAGCCCUACGCCAACUAAAGUAGUGCGCGGACACCAGAAGAACAUCACAUCUUCUGGUGUCUCGGGCUCGACGUUCGCUACUGGUAGCUACGACGGUCGAGUCCUUGCUUGGGAUGUCUCCACAGGGCUUGCGGACAAAGUCGAGGGAGACUCACAUUCCAACUACGUUGCAGGCAUCACCGCUGCCAAUAAUCAGAGUCAGGCUGAACUUUACACAGUAGGAUGGGACGACACCUUGAGAUCUGUCUCCGUUCCGGACAAGAUCUUUACCGGUCAAGCAAGCUCCCUUGGAUUUCAGCCUAAGGGCAUUGCGGCCGCGGGAGAGGUUACACUGGUCGCUUCAGAUGAUUCGAUAGCCGUCUACUCCAAAGGUUCUAAGGUCAGUUCGGUACCCAUUGAGUACGGCGCCACCUCGAUCGCUGCAAACGGGUCCACUGUGGCAGUCGGUGGUAACGACAAGCUCGUCCACAUCUACACACUGUCUGGCACAGAACUCAAGGAGACUGGCACUGAGCUUCGCCGCGCUACUGCCGCUAUCUCGGCAGUCGCGUUCUCGCCGUCCGGUUCCAAGCUCGCAUUCGGUGCCAGCAACGGCAAAAUUUACGCAUAUGAGGCUGGUGGAGACUGGAAUAUUAUCACGGACCGGUGGAGUGCACACACUGCUCGUAUCACUUGCCUUGCAUGGGACGAGAGCGAGAAAUAUGCCGCUAGUGGAAGUCUUGAUACCAAUGUCAUGGUUUGGAGCGUCGAAGACCCAGGCAAGCGAAUCAAGGCGCUCAAUGCUCACAAGGAUGGUGUCACUGGUGUAGCAUGGGAGAAGGCGACAAAGGUACUCAGUGCCGGUGGUGACGCUAGUAUCAAGGUAUGGUCUGUCAAGGGUUGA